AUGGACACUGGCGCCUACUUGCGAAGGCAAGGCUGGAAAGGUUCGGGCCAUUCACUCGACGGCCAAGGCCGCGGGAUCAAGAAACCUCUCCUCAUCGCGCACAAGCAAGACCAGCUAGGGCUCGGGAAGAAGAAAGCUGCACACAGCGUUGACGAUCAAUGGUGGAUGCGAGCUUUUGAUGAGAGCCUGAAAAACAUUGGAACUGGUCAAGAAAGCACACUCAGUCAAGUCCGCAGCAAAGGCAUCAACCGAGGCGGUCUCUACGGCUUUUUCGUGAAAGGAGAAGGUCUGACUGGGACCAUAUCCAGC